AUGGAGAACUACCAGAAAAUUGAAAAGAUUGGAGAAGGCACAUACGGCGUUGUGUACAAAGCUCGAGACCUCUCCAAUGGCGGCCGAAUCGUCGCUCUCAAGAAGAUCCGCCUGGAAGCUGAAGAUGAAGGCGUUCCCAGCACCGCAAUCCGCGAGAUAUCCCUGCUGAAAGAAAUGAACGACCCCAACAUCGUGCGUUUACUAAACAUAGUCCACGCCGACGGCCACAAGCUAUACCUCGUCUUCGAGUUCCUUGACCUGGAUCUGAAAAAGUACAUGGAAGCAUUGCCAGUCUCAGAUGGUGGACGAGGCAAGGCCUUGCCAGAAGGUUCGAACUUGGAUAUGCAGAGACUUGGCUUGGGCAAGGAUAUGGUCAAGAAGUUUAUGGCACAGCUCGUUGAAGGCGUUCGAUACUGUCACAGCCAUCGUGUCCUGCACCGAGACUUGAAACCCCAAAACCUCCUGAUCGAUCGCGAGGGCAAUCUCAAGCUGGCCGAUUUCGGUCUCGCAAGAGCUUUUGGUGUCCCGUUGAGAACAUACACUCACGAAGUUGUUACCCUAUGGUACCGUGCUCCAGAGAUUCUCCUCGGCGGAAGACAAUACUCCACGGGCGUAGAUAUGUGGUCCGUCGGCGCUAUCUUCGCAGAAAUGUGUACCCGCAAGCCUCUCUUCCCCGGCGACUCUGAAAUCGACGAGAUCUUCAAAAUCUUCAAACUCCUUGGUACCCCCGACGAAACAACUUGGCCCGGCGUCACCUCGUUCCCAGACUUUAAAACUUCCUUUCCCAAAUGGCGUCGGGAACCAACCUCAAAAUUCGUGCCGAGCUUGGAGCCGGCGGGCCUUGAACUAUUGGAUGCUAUGCUCGAGUAUGACCCUGCGCACCGAAUCUCAGCCAAGGCGGCGUGUAAUCAUCCUUACUUCGCGGCCGGAUCGGCUGCCUAUUCGCAACGUGGGCCUGGCGUGGUCAGAACGAAUGGAUUUCAUUGA